AUGCAAGUGAUGAAUACUUUGAAAAUCCAUGGUGCUGGUUCUGGAGGAACAAGAACCAUUUCAGGGAUGAGCAAAUUCCACACCGAGCUGGAAUGUGAGCUUGCAGACUUGCACGGUAAAGACGGCAUACUGCUGUUCACUUCCUGUUUUGAAGCCAAUGACUCCACAUUGUUUACUUUGGCCAAAAUGCUACCAGGAUGUGAAAUUUACACAGACGCGGGUAACCAUGCCUCGAUGAUUCAAGGUAUUCGAAACAGCGGCGUCAGUCGGUUCAUCUUCCGUCACAGUGACGUCAGCCACUUGCAAGAACUAUUGGAGAGGUCUGACCCUUCCACUCCAAAGAUUGUUGCCUUUGAGACAGUGCAUUCAAUGGACGGGUCGGUGUGCCCACUGGAGCAAAUGUGCGAUGUUGCCCACAGAUUUGGGGCCAUCGCCUUUGCGGAUGAGGUGCACGCGGUCGGCCAAUACUGGGCCAUAGGAGGGGGAAUUGGCGACAGAGACAGAGUUAUGCACAAGAUUGAUAUCAUCUCUGGUACUCUUGGCAAGGCCUUUGGCUGCGCGGGUGGCUACAUUGCCAGCACCGGCGCCCUGGUGGACACCGUUCGCUCCUAUGCUGCAGGCUUCAUGUUCAUCACUUUGCUGCCUCCCAUGUUACUGGCGGGGGGCAAGGAGUCCAUCAGGAUUCUUAAAAGUGGGGAAGGGCGCAUGCUCAGGAGGAAACACCAGAGAAGUGUCAAGUUGCUCCGACAAAUACUGAUGGACUCUGGCCUUCCCUUGGUCCACUGCCCGAGCCACAUCGUUCCUCUGCGGGUAUGAUGGAGGAGUCUUUGGAAAUUAUCAACCAGUGACCAGUUUCAACUUCAUUUUCUGAAUUCUACCAGCCACACUGUCAGGGGGUAUUGUUUGUUUCAUCCAAGCAAAAAAAAAAAAAUUUUUUUUAAGUAUACCUGUCUCCACUUACAAACUGAACCACCCAUUUUCACUUUUGCAUCCAAGCUGUUUAAUGUUUUUAUUAUACAAUUUAUGAAUCACUAUUAAUUGUGUUACCUAUGUGUUGUCCAAACAAACGUGUUUAAGAAGAUUGCGGCCCUGCUGCAGAGUUAAUCCCACGUGACGGCACUCGGCCAAUCAAAUGUGAGUAAACAUUACAAGCCGGAAAAUGAAAACGGACGUAACAGUGAGAAGUGAUGAUCGAAAGCGAUAUGGCGUAGAAAGGCAUUGAUUGACGCAUUUCCGGACAUCCUUGAUUUCACCACACGAGGGCGAUGUGGGCCUCCAGGAGCGCCUCUCUGUUUCUGCUUAUGAUUCAUACUCGAGUGCAGUAUGCGGUGCAGUUGGAGGUUUUCCUGCUGAACCACUGAUGGUAUCAACAACGAACAGGAUAUUGCAUUUCCUCUUGAGAUAGCACAGGCAUCGCAACAAUCAGCAAAUAUGCCCACAGAUGCACACGUAGAUGUUCAACAGAGCGGUGUGUACUGGAAACGUUAACAUGAACUCAUCAACGGGGCAACAAGAUUAGAUUUGAUUAUGCAUGUUGUGGCGUAGAUUCAAGAGCUCUUCAAAUGUAUCCCACUCAAAGGGAGGCGCAAUUCUCCUCCCUUCAUACUAAUGAAACCAAACGAAAAAUUGUAAUAUUGUGCAUUAGACUAUUUUGCUACAUUUACACUGAGGGGGGUAACUUCAAUAAAAUCACACUAGACCAGUGUUUCUCAA